GCCCUCCUGCUCUCUCUGGCAGUGUUGUGGCCCCCAGGGGCCCGGCGCCUGGCUCUGCUCCUGCACGAUGCGCUCUUCCUGCUCCGGUCCUGGGCUCUCCGGCGGUCGGUGGGUCGGUGGAUGGGGGAGGGGGCGCUCAGCCUCCCGGGUCUCUUCCAGCUGCAGCUCCGCCGCUCCCCGGACUCCCCGUUCCUCCGGUUCCGGGAUCAGAUCAUCACCUACCGACAGCUGGACGGAGCCGCCAACCGGGCCGCCAACGCUCUGCUCAACGCCGGGCCCCCGGGGGCCACAGUGGCCCUCCUCCUGCCCAGCGAGCCCCGCUUCCUGGCCGCCUGGUUCGGUCUGGCUAAACUCGGACACGUCGCCGCCUUCCUGAACACCAACGUCCGCCGGGGGGCGCUACGGCACUGCCUGGGGGCCAGCGGGGCCCGGGGCCUCAUCACCUGCCCAGAGCUGUUUGAAGCUGUGCGGGAGAUUCUCCCCGAUGUGCGGGAGAUGGGGAUCACAGUUUGGGUUAUGGGUCCUGGCAAUUACCCCGAUGACGUCAUCAACCUGCAGGCCUUAAUGGACGCGGCGGCGGACAGCCCCCCCCCUGCAGAGCUUGGCAUUGUGAGGAAUCCGAUGGAGACCGCCAUCUGCAUCUUCACCUCCGGGACUACAGGGUUACCCAAAGCCGCCCGGAUCAGCCACCUGAAGACGCUGAUGUGCUCCGUCUUCUACCAGCUGUGCGGAGCGCGACGCGAUGACGUCAUCUACAUGUCCCUGCCGCUCUACCACAAAGCCGGGGCCUUGCUGGGGGUCGGCGGCUGCAUCGGCGUCGGGGCGUCGCUGGUCCUGAAGGAACGUUUCUCCGCCAGCCAGUUCUGGAACGACUGCCGCAAGUACGACGUCACCGUGUUCCAGUAUAUCGGGGAGCUGUGCCGCUACCUCACCAACCAACCGCAGAGCGACGGCGAGAAGAACCACAAAGUGCGCCUGGCGGCGGGCAGCGGGCUCCGCCCCGACGUCUGGAAGGAUUUCACUCGCCGCUUUGGGAACAUUAAAAUCUUUGAGACGUACGGCCUGACCGAGUUCAAUGUCAGCUUCUUCAACUACACGGGGGACGCCCGGCGCUGUCGGCAGGGGUACCUACCUGUACAAGCAAUUCUGCCCAUUUGAUCUCAUCCGCUUCGACACCCAGGAGGGGGAGCCAAUCAGAGACUCGCAGGGGCGGUGCCAGCAGACAAGCACAGGGGAGACGGGUCUCCUGAUUUCGCCGGUCACCCCCAUGUCUCCGUUCUUGGGGUACGUUGGUAGUCGGGAAAUGUCGGAGAAGAAAUUGUUGCGCGAUGUGUUCCGGAAGGGCGACUGUUACUUCAACACGGGCGACCUGAUGGCGCAGGACAACCUCGGCUUCGUCUACUUCCGGGACCGGACCGGCGACACCUUCAGGUGGAAGGGGGAGAACGUUGCCACCACGGAGGUGUCAGAGGUCAUGAGUGGGCUGGACUUCCUCCAGGAGGUCAAUGUCUACGGGGUGACCGUUCCAGAACAUGAAGGUCGGACUGGAAUGGCGGCCGUCACUGUGCGUCCUGGCCAUGAGCUGGAUUUGGAUCGAGUUUUCUCCCAUGUGAUGGAGUUCCUUCCGUCCUACGCUCGUCCACGCUUCCUGAGAGUCAUGGAACACAUUGAGACCACCGGGACCUUCAAACAACAAAAGCAACGAUUAGUUAAAGACGGUUUCUCACCUCUGACCAUCUCUGAUCCCCUCUAUCUCCUGGAUGAAGGCUCUCGCUCCUACCGUCCACUUUCAGAAGACCUUUACUCACAGAUCUUAUCUUCAGAAUUCCGAGUUUAA